GAUACAGUGGACCGUGGUGGUGCCACACACAAGUCUGCAGUCCGUCAGCUGGUCGAGGCGUUUCCGCCCGCUGCACACGUUUCUCUGUUUGUUUGUGUCGACGUCGUUUCGCUCAGGUAAGUGUAGCUCCCCCACCUGUCCUUCGCGGCACCUGUUGGCCCAGUCGGGUUGUGAUGUACAGCAGAAAAUAAGUAAGCGAAUGGAAAGAACUACUACAACAACAACUACUGCUACUACUCCGCAACUUGUAUACACGACCAGAUUGCAUAUAGGAUUAGUGUAUAUUGUACUGUACAAGAGCAAGGAUUACGAGUGCAUAGAAGAUAACCGAGGGGAGUGAGAAGCUAUUUUCAAGGAUUAAAAUCACGAAGGUCGAGUGAUACUGAACUGAAGAAAGGGCCCUCUAUUGUCUGAAGCGUUGGAUCAAGUCUCAAAGUGGGAAGUACCCUUCCCGGAUUAGGAGAUCGAAUGCAGGACGAUGUCUACGCAGGAGUAUCGCCGGUCACCAUGAUGGACCUGGCAGGUGGGCCUCUACCAAUGGGUCAAGAUCAGGAACCCAAGAAGAAACGCCACGGAGGUGUAAACCAGUUGGGAGGUGUUUUUGUAAAUGGCAGACCCUUACCCGAUAUGGUGAGACAGAGGAUAGUAGAGUUGGCCCAUCAAGGGGUCAGGCCCUGUGACAUUAGCCGUCAACUGAGAGUUUCUCACGGAUGCGUCUCCAAGAUCCUCGGAAGGUACUACGAAACAGGAUCGAUCAAACCUGGUGUAAUUGGUGGAAGCAAACCAAAAGUCGCUACACCUAGAGUGGUAGACGCAAUUGCCAAUUACAAGAAGCAAAAUCCGACAAUGUUUGCUUGGGAAAUCCGAGACAGGUUGCUAUCGGAUGGAAUCUGUGAUCAAGAUAACAUUCCAAGUGUCAGUUCUAUUAACAGGAUCGUCAGGAAUAAGGCUGCAGAAAAGGCGAAACAGGCUGCUGCUAAUCACGUGUCGGUCAAUGGCGGUAGCCCUCAACUUCAACCCACAUCCAACACGACUUCUGUCAUCACCCAUGCACCCUCAGCUGUUCACGAUGGUUCACAGUCCAUGCAACGACCAUCAUACUCCAUUAAUGGCAUUUUAGGCAUAGCCAGUGUCGAUCCCAAUGGCAAUGUCAAGAGGAAGAGAGAAGAAGGUUCCGCAGACAGCAGAGAUCUGAACGGUGAGCACCUGGAUGACGAAAGCAAACGUCAGAGGAAUCAGUACAAUGGGGAACAGCAACUGUAUACGAACAUGUGGGCGAAGUGGCCGAAACAAGACGACACGUUAAAAACGACAGGCAUGGUACCAGAUUUGACCGUUCCAAACGGUUCCCCUUAUACUCUGCAAUACGGGGAGCAAUUCAAUCCGGUGGCCACAUCCGUCAACGACCACCUGAAACAGGAAAUGGUACCUUACGACACGACCCUGACAUCAAUGGCGUCGCACGUCCAAUCUACAGCAGUCUAUUCGCCUCCUCUAGACGAUUUCUCUUCUGCAGGAAGUGGCUCUUUGACUCCAAUGACUCCCAUUAGUCUUCAAGACGGUUUAAUAGGAAACACUGGAAGUUUGACAGACACCAUUUCGGGUUAUCAAACAGUUCCAGGUUCUGCGGUGGCCGGCUCGACCGUAGGUGUACCAGCCACAGAUUAUUCCUACACUUCCCCUUAUACUCAGUACUCAUCAGCUGCAUACAGUGCUUACGGCUACAGUUCGGGAGGGAUAAUAAAUCCUUCUUACUAUUAUGGAGGAAGGACCGCAACGACGCCGACCACAGGUCUGACAACAGCACCUUCGCUUAGUCCCAACAGCUUUAAAUUAGAGAGGUGCUAACAGAACCUCCGUUACUUUAGUCAGCUAAACAAAAGAGACUCGAACCCGGGCCCUACGGGAUUAAGGAGCUUCGAUACCAAAGAAAAUGAUGGCUGCGUCUCAGCAUUUACCUCAUCAUCAGUCAUCUCGUGUAGUCACGACUAUUUAUGGAGAAGAAGCGAAGUUACUUAAAAAAGGACCUCAAAUUUGGCGUUUUACUUAAAAAGCAAAAAACUUGGUUUUAUUUAUUAUUGUUGUCGCUAUUUUUUUUUAUUACUUCUUUGGGUACGCAUCCCCUAGAACUCAGUGCACCAAGAAAAAACUCCACAAUUUUGGGUAAAACUCCGGUGGCACACCGACACCCACUAGAUACCUGUUUUUUUUAUUUGUACGCGUUCUGUCAGAUUACUCUGUCAAUAAAUUCGUUUUAUGUGAUUUUUUCA